AAGGCAAAGAAGCAUUAUAUCAACGCAAUAGACAUUACUGCGGACACAUUUUGAAACGAAAAAACAAAAUUUGCCAAGAUGCCAGAACUUAUGGUGACAGGGAAACGUUCUCUCACGGGCAACAUCAAAAUUUCCGGGGCGAAAAAUGCAGUUUUGCCACAAAUGGCAGCGAGUUUAUUGACAAACGAAAAGGUUAUUUUGACAAAUGUGCCUGACAUUACAGAUGUUGAAGACAUGAAACGGGUACUUGAAGCGUACAGGGUUAGGGUGAAUUGGAAUCACAGUAAUAGUACUUUAGAACUACAAGCUGAAAAUCCAACUCAGCAACUACCAGGAACAAAUGUGGGGAAGGCAAUUCGUGCAUCAUUUCUUGUGUUUGGCCCCUUGUUGGCAAGAAAGGGUGAAGCCAACGUAUAUCGUCCAGGAGGAUGUAAAAUUCAAAGAGGCGGCAGAAAAGUUGAUUUCCAUAUUGAAGCAAUGGCUGAUAUGGGGGCCAGAAAGAUCAGAGAAGAUAGCCCAGAGACAGCAAAUGGCGUGAUCUCGAUGAAGGCUGUAAAUGGCCUAAAGCCAGAGAUAAUUACGUUUAAGAAAAGUUCAGUUGGGGCAACAGAAACUGUUAUGAUGGCAGCCAGUCUAGUGCCAGGAAAAACAGUGAUCAGAAACGCAGCGGUCGAACCAGAAAUCUUGGAUCUUGCUGCAAUGUUGGGGGAAAUGGGUGCACAAAUCACGGUUGACGAAAACGUGGAAAUCAUCGAAGAGAUCACAGAGUUUGGAAUAACAGAAAGGAUAACAGAAUGGAAUGUGAUCACAGUUGAAGGGCGAGAGUCUUUGACAGGGGUAACUCACAAAGUCAUGCCAGACAGGAUUGAGUUUGGAACAUACGCUAUAGCUGCUGCAAUGAACAAUGGCGAAAUUCAACUCGUGGUUGAAGAAAAUAUGAAAGAAUCCAUGUUGAGGGCAAUACGCCAACCUCUUCUUGAUGCGGGAGUUAAGAUAGACGAAGCAGAAAGGAAUAUUGUGAAAGUAUCACUCAGGGAUAACAUUAUUACUCCGGUGGAUGUCCAAACAGGUCCUUACCCAGCAUUCCCCACCGAUCUUCUACCUCAGUGGGUCACAUUCAUGACACAAGCUCAAGCUACCAGACGUAAAACUUACACCACCAUAUAUGACAAAAUCUAUGAUGGUCGUUUCAAUUAUGUGGAUGGUCUGAAAAAAAUGGGAGCAAAGAUUGAAAAAAUCAACGAUAAGGAGUAUCGUAUUAAUACAGGUUCAGCGCUGUCUGGAACUCACGUCCAGGCCACUGAUUUGCGCGGUGGAGCUGCGCUGGUUCUUGCUGCCUUGGUUGCCAGAGGCUCAACAGUUGUGAAACAGUAUGAGAACGUCAAGCGUGGUUAUGAAGAUAUGGUCGGAAAAUUGAAAGCAUGUGGUGCCAAGUUGGAGAUCCUUCCUCAGAGCCGUCCUGGUCACUAUGGUGGACAUUUCUAACUACUUUUUGAACACUUCCUAUGACUUGCAUGCAUUAUCUUUUAACAAUAUAAUUUUUGUUCUUCAUCUUAACUUUUUGUCGCACAUUUUAGCGUACUUUAGCACUAUCGUUUUAUUGUAAUCUUUCCAAAUUUCCUGGAAUAAAUUUUCAUU